AUAUUACGAGGCCAGCUAGGAACCCUCAGAACUAAAGCCGUGUUUCCGAAUGGAACAUUUCAUUUGCUACCACGGGGCCGGAAGUUACGUUUGUGGAGGUCAAGUCAUAUCUCUGAAGUCAAAUAAAGCAUCACGAUGGUGAAAAAGAAGCGAGUAAGACUGAUCGCUGAGAUGGCUCGGAAGAUCCGGGCUUACCAAGAGCUAAAAAAUCGUCCGCGAGAUUCACAACGUUAUGCCCUGGACUACGAAACCAUGACUCGCCCGCUCACCGGUAAGAAGCUACCAGUGUUGGCUUGGCAGGACGUGCAGCGGGAGACUCCGCUCUUUCGGCUCCUGGCUGGCAUGCGCUUGUUCGGCAUGGGACGAAUCUUUACGCGGAAAUCAUGGCUGGAGGAACACACAGAGCCCUGCUACUGGAAGAUAACUAAAGUGAAAGUAGACUACACAGCAGAGAAUAUGGACCAUGGGAAAGCAUGGGGGAUUUUGACUUUCAAAGGUAAAGAAGAAAGCAUUGAGAAAGAGAUCGAUAAGGUCAUGUAUCACGACUGGCGCUUGAUACCCAAACACACAGAAGAGGCCUUUACACGCUUCGAGGCGGUCCCCGAACCCCCCGUCCGACAUGCUCGCUACCCACCGCUCCUACGUGCCAUGAUCUUAGCGCAGCAAGCAAAGGAGCUCGGCGUCGACGCGAGCACCCUCCCUGAACCCAGCCUACCUCUUAAACGAGAUGUGCUUCUCAGCAAAGAGUACUUCCGCAGCCAGGAACAGCAGAAACGGGAGGGAACGCCCGUGUAGGACAGUGGUCGAACCUUCAUGAGCAACCUUAGUUCGUUUCUCUUUUCAGCAUGGUGUUUAAUUCAAGGUGGGAGCUAUCCGUACACUGAUUUAGGACAGGGUUUUCUCCCACAUUCUAAGAAUAAUCUUUAGACGAGAAACACCAUGUCUGAUAAACACAUGUAUAUCAUAAUGGUAGCCAUGUUUGGGAAAUCAAAAUGGUUUAAAAACUGCUUCAGCCAUUUUUGUUUAAAGAUUUGGACUGUCAAAGACACUUCCUUGGAGUCAGGUCACUGAAGUGAAGGGUGACUGAAUUUCUUUAAAAAGAGGUGAACGCCCAUUACUGUACGUGCUCUGUAAUAGCAUUUGCAUUGGUUAUAAAUAAAAAAGUGAUGCUAAUAGCAAUAUUAUAAAAUGUAA